GCUUACGAUCUGUUCCUGAAAUUUGCUACACUCUUCUCCCUGCUUAUUGCAUCAUCAACAACUAUACUUUCUUUCCCAAGGAACUCGGGCAAUGGAUUCUUGUCAUUGUGUUUGUGAUGUACAACAUAAGUACUCUUGUAGAGUACUUGAGAACAGGGUUGUCAAUUCGAACAUGGUUAAACAGUGAAAGAAUGGCAAGGAUAACCACCACAAAUGCUUGGUUUUUUGGAUUUUUGCAUUUCCUGCUUAAGCUAUUUGGAAUAUCAGACAGUGUGUUUGAAAUAACAAAAAAAGAGCAAUCAUCAUCCAAUGAGGGUGCUAAAGAAAAUAAUGGUAAAUUCACUUUCAACAACUCUCAGAUUUUUGUACCUGGUACAACUAUUUUGCUUAUUCAAAUCACAGCACUGGUUACCAAGUUGUUGGGAUGGCAAGCACCUGUUAGAAAUGGUCAUCGAUCCGGCAUAGGAGAACUGUUUUGCUGUUCAUAUUUGGUUGUGUGCUACUGGCCAUUUUUCAAAGGUUUAUUUGGCAAAGGAAAGUAUGGAAUUCCCUUAUCCACGAUAUGCAAGUCAGUGGUGUUGACUCUUCUUUUUUUGUAUUUUUGCAGAGCUUAUCAAGGAUGAUUGGAUUUGGAUGUUUCAAUGUAUUUUGCUACUUCAUAUCCUUCUCAUUGUAUGGUUCCAUUCUUAGAAUACAGUAAUUGAAACAUAUGAGAUAAUAUGGAGUGGUAUAAGUUAUC